CCAAUACACACCAUAACCUGUCCGACUACGAGAAGAGCAAAAGGCCAAAAACCCGUUCACAGAAAAAUAAACAAAGUAAAUAAAGAAUGAGAGAGAAAGAACCAUCUCGAGCAUAGAGAGAGAGAGAGAGAGAGAGAGAGAGAAAAAAAAUAAUGGAAAGGGGUGAGAAAAGUGGGGAAGGGGGAGCGGAAAAGGAAGAAAAUUUGGGAGAAAAGUUGAGAAGAGGGGUAGUAUUGAUAGGGAAAAGAGGGGGCCCAUGUACUCCAGUGCGCUCUUGGAGACUUUGGGCUCCUCCUGCCCAUGACACCAUCAUUAAGAGCUACCCUCCCUCUGCUAGAAAGCUUGCCGCGGCUCUCUGGGAGUUCCAAUACCUUUAUUUUCCAACAUCUAAAAUGCACCGGGGCGUCAGUAAUGGUGGUCCUCUUCCUGACUCCAGGCUGCGCCGCCACCAACACCGCCACUAUAAUAAGCCGAGCAAGGACAAAGGUCUUGACCUUUCCCACUUUUUGGCUGACAAUACUCCUAGUUCUCCUGACCAGCCAGGGAGUGCAAGCAGUUUGAGGCGGCAUAUUGCUGCAUCACUGAUGCAACAUCAUCGAGCCAUUGGAAGGAACAAUCAUACCUUGCAGCCUUUAUCUCCCGCGAGUUAUGGUAGUUCCAUGGAGGUGGCACCUUACAACCCUGCAGUCACUCCUAGCAGUUCAUUGGAUUUUAAGGGAAGGGAAGGUGAAUCACAGUAUAAUCUUAAAACAUCUACUGAACUGCUCAAAGUGUUAAAUCGGAUCUGGAGCUUGGAAGAACAGCAUGUGUCUAAUAUGUCAUUUAUAAAAGCAUUGAAAAUGGAGCUGGACCAAUCCCGUCUCAAAAUCAAAGAGUUGAUGCGAGAUAGGCAAGCUGGUCGACAUGAGAUGGAUGAUUUGAUGAAGCAAAUUGCAGAAGAUAAACUAGUUAGGAAGAGUAAGGAACAGGAAAGGAUCCAUGCUGCAGUUCAGUCCGUAAGAGAUGAGCUAGAAGAUGAGAGGAAGUUAAGGAAAAGAUCAGAGAGUCUUCAUAGAAAGUUGGCUCGGGAGCUUUCUGAGGUGAAAUCUUCUAUUUCUACCGCUCUCAAAGAGCUGGAAAGAGAGAAAAAAUCUAGGACAUUAUUGGAACACCUCUGCGACGAGUUUGCUUGGGAAAUUAAAGGCUAUGAACAAGAGGUGCAUGCUUUAAAACAGAAAUCAGACAAGGAUUGGGCUGGAAGGGCUGACCGUGAUCGUCUGAUUCUCCAUCUAUCUGAAUCAUGGCUUGAUGAACGAAUGCAGAUGCAACUAGAAGCUCAACAUGGCUUUACAGAAAAGAAAACAAUAGUGGACAAGUUAUGCGUUGAAAUAGAAACCUUUCUUCAAGCUAAACGCCUGGAUAACUCUAAGAGUAUGGAAAAUCCACUUCCAAGGGAUCGUCGCAAGUCACUUGAAUCUGUCCCUUUGAAUGAGGCUCUGAGCGCACCUCAGGACCUGGGUGAUGAAGAAGAUUCUUUAGGCAGUGAUUCCCAUUGUUUUGAGCUGAACAAGCCAAGCAAAAAUGACUUAAAAACGCAUGAGGAUGAAGCUUUAGGUGGUCAUAUUGAUGAAGCAGUGAAAUCAAAUGAAAUGAAGAAAAAACACCUCUCUCAUGAACGGUUACAAAGCCGCACUCCAUCCAGCUUGCAAGUUAAGUUUGAAGAACAGAUGGCUUGGGCUAUGUCAUGUAAUGGAAAUAAGAAGUCCCUGGAAGUGGAUUCAGAACAAGGUAGAACUACAGAAGGGAAGCCAAUUGAUGUAAGCAUAUCGCAAAAGUCUGAACUUUGCGAAGCCGCUGAAGACAACAGUUACCAAAAUAGAAAUAAACCCGAUGAAAGUCAUGAGACAAAUCCAAAUUUCAUGGUUGAUAACCUAAUAAGAAGUCAACUCUCAUUGUUGGAUGGUGGGAACUUAAAUAUUGACAGUACUUAUGGGGAGGCUUCUUGCAGUAACUCUGGAUGGAGGAAUCAGGUAAGUCCAGUACGACAAUGGAUGGAAAAACUUGCAUCUCCUGAUCUUGAUGCCCCCCAGCCUUCUUCAAAAUUGCCGCCGGGCUUAAAGGAGAAUACUUUGAAAGCAAAGCUUCUUGAAGCAAGGUCAAAGGGUCCACGCGCACGUUUAAAAACCUUCAAACUCUUCUCGUAGGCUUCCGAGAUUUACUCACUGGCUUAACGGUUUGAAAGGUUCUAAAGCUUCCUAUUUGGGAGUAUGGGAUUGGAUGGGUCUGCCUCGGUGGUUGGGAAUUUGUGAAUAUUGGCUACUAUACUUUAUCUGAUUUUGAGUCUCACCUUGUUAUUGAUCAUAGUUCCGUCUUCUCUGGUGUAGUUUUGUAAUUCAAGUCUGUAUAUGAGUGUAAUGUUACUAUAGAGCUACAUGUCAGAAUUUCCAGACCCAUUACAAAUUUGAGUAAUUACUUUCAGCCUUUAUUCACUCAU